ACGGACGCGUCUCCUCUUAGAGCCAGCAUCGUCAGGUUGUACGAUCUUUAGAGCAGGAACUCCACCCGACUAGAGUACGCCGUGCGAGCGUACCAGCCGACCUGUACGGCUACUCCUCCAUCCUGGUCGUCCUGAGAUGUGCUACUAGUCAGGAUGCCUCGUAGGGCACUCCACAGCUUGGGCGACCGCUCUGGCUCGGAUUCGGACGAUUGUAUGUUCGACCAAACCAAUCUCCUACAGCGGAGGCGGCUGAAUAUCACCCGAUUGCGAAGGAACAGUGCCACCAUUUCAGGACAACGCCUCACCGUUGCUAGGACGGUGAAUCUGUGUCUGUCAUUUUUUGCUCUAGGAUUGUGUUUUGUGAUUCCCACCGCGACCAUUAACGGUCUCCAGUACAGGACGGCCUCGAGUGAAGAGCAGAUUGACUUCAUUUAUACAGCUCGAUAUGGGGGCUACAUCGUUGGCUGCUUCGCCGGUGGCUUCCUCUUCAAUUGUUAUAAUCGACAAUUUCUUCUAUUUGUCGCACUCCUCGCAACGGCCAUCGGAGUUCUCAUCAUGCCAUUCUGUCGAGUUCUCUCGGUGUUGAUGACAUGCACCUGUGUCACCGGAAUCACUAUGGGGCUCCUGGACACUGGUGGUAAUGUUUGGUUGUUGGAUCUCUGGGGACGCAAGAGCGCGCCCUUUAUGCAAAUGAUGCAUUUCUGUUUCGGGCUCGGAGCCCUCGUCGCUCCCUUGGUCGCGCAGCCCUUCAUCCAUCCGUACAGUGCAUUCGGAUCUCAACUCGCCCUGAACGGCAGCCGGACUCUGUUGCCGCCUCUGGGGCCUCAUCUGUCCGGGAACUCGCAUCCAGAGCAUUUAAUGAAACGAGACCUGAGUGGAAUGAAAUAUAAUUUAUCGCAACCGAUCAUUGCCUCGAAAGCUCUCACAAACCUGACCGUCGAUGUCACAACCUCGGGAGCUACUUCAGUCGUUGAGACGCUGCCGAAAAAACCGCACUUCGCGGACUCGAAGAAAAUCGAGGACGCGUGGGAGCGCAAACCUCUGGGCAGCUCCAACACCACGACCCCGAAGGCAACAACAACAACAACGACGGCAAAAAUCUUGCUCGCCAACCAAACCACGUCUUCUCAUGCUACAGUGCCAAUACCGCGAAAUUCCAUAUCUACCACCACGAGCACUCCCGUCCCCACGAACAGCUUGUCCUCACCGAUGCCGAAUGUGAUCUUGCAUGAAUCUGUGACGGCUACGUCACCCAACACGAGCAGCUCUUCCGCAACGAGAUCAUCAACGUCCACGACAGAAGUCUCAACGAGGAUGGAAGAAACGACGGUCACCAAUGAAAUUCUCAGGACAUCGGCGUCCCACGAGCAGCCAGCAAUAAUCGGUCAGGGUAGCAGAAACGAGCUCCCAAAUCGAGACUCGACCAUGAAAACGACGUCAUCGACAGUUCCAACGCAGUCCACUUCCACGGCGACGAGUCCCAAGAGCUCCGUCCCCGCAUCGUCGGUAGCGAAGCACCACAGCAUCAAGAAGGUGCUUCCAGAGGAAGAUCAACAAGAAUCGUGGCUGGAGCAAGCUCGGAGAAAAAUCCAGAAAUCGGGCAAGUUCGAGAUCGCAUACGCCAUCCUCGCGGCGUACGUUCUGCUCGUCUCUGUCGUGUUCUUGUUGUUCCUCUGCCUGAAUCCUCGUGAGGCCAAAUCCAAGCAAGAAGACGAACUCGACGACCUCCACCAGAGCUCCUCAAUGAGAAUGCCUCUCAUAGUUCUCAUGUGUUGUUUUUUCUUCCUAUACAUGGGUGCUGAAGUCGCGGUCGGCGAAACUUUGAAGUCGCUGCAGUUCCACCAGGACGUUCAUCCAAUCGUCACGGGAGAACAGCUCAUAUAUAUUUUCUGGGGGAGUUUUGCUUUCGCGCGAGGCGUUUCUAUAUUCGUUUCUAUGAGUGUCUCGUGUCGAACGAUGCUCAUCUGUGACAUUGUUAUUUGCAUCGGAGCCGCCAUAUUACUGGUCGCGGGUGCUCAGAUGACUUACUGUCUGAUCGUCGGUAUCGUCCUCCUGGGGAGCGGGAUGGCUUCGAUUAUCCCAACGUCAUUCAUCUGGCUCGAGUUACACACGCAAGUUACGAACAGAUUAUCCGCGCUCCUGAUAUUGAGCGCAGCGGUCGGGGAGAUGGUUAUUCCCGAGCUGGUAUCUGCCUUCAUUAGGAAAACGCCCAUGGCCCUGAUGUACGUCAUCCUCGCCGUCAUUCUCCUGUGUACCGUCAAUCUGGCAGCUCUCUGCUAUGUGAUGUCGAUACGCGGCGAGAAGUACAUGACCAAACCCGACAGGUCUCUCUACCAACUUGCCAGUCUGGAGGACGACCAGGACCACUGGAACAACUCUAACAAAUCCCAACAAGAGGGAGUUCUAGUUAAGCGUAACAAGACAAACUCGUUCUUCUACGAUCGCCUGAACAAUCUCGACAGUUAGGAUUCUUGUAGGAAAACAUCCCGAACAAGGUUCCGAAAGUCUUCAGCUAACCUGCUCGACGAUCUGGCCGCUUGCUCCUUCGGCGAAGGGAGCCCGAGAAGGCACUCGAACGAACAGGAAUGAUUCCGCGCUUUCCUGCUGCGUUCCGGAAGAGAGAGCCAUCCCCCUGCUCCAGUGGUCAUCCCCUUCGUGAUUGGUCCUCGAAAUUGUCGGAAUCCGCUUCGAGGUGCGAUGCACGCUCUCGAUCCACCGUGCCGGUGUGGAACAUUCCUGGAUU